AUGGUAUUCUCUCAUGCCUUGAGGGCAUUCCCUGAGAAAAUUGGCCAAGCGGAAAAACAAAAUGUUGUGUUCGAAGGAAAUCAUUAUUUCUUAUCACCAUACAAAACUGGUAAGCAAACAACAACAGUGAAACUAGCAUCAGCAACAGUGGAAUCCUACAGCAAGUUGAAGCCGUCAUCUCAAGAUGAAGAAACAAUAACGUAUGGUCCAUAUGAAAAUAUUGCACCACUUCAAAAGAGCAACAUGAAAAUUCAUUAUGAAAACAAUUCACCGUUUUUGACU